UCUCGCCUCACGCACCCACGUCUCCCCCUCCCUCUCCAAUGCGUGUGGCGCUCGACCCUCCUGAGCCGCGCUUCCCCUACUACCCCUGCCUGCGCCACCACCUCAAGCUUCCGCCACCGUGCAAUGCCAUCGAUUUCCUCCGCUACGAUGUCUUCUCGAACGAUUCUGGACACCGCGUCCAACCCUGCACCAACACCUCAAGCUUCCGCCGCCACACGGCACCAUCGAUCUCCUCCGUUGCGACGUCUUCUCGGACGAUUCUGGGCACCCUAGGACAUCACGGACAUGGGUACAUCGAACCGUGGUCAAUUCCCCUUGCCGUCUGCCACCAUGGCCACAGAGGAGCACCGUGGGUGUACUUUGUCUCCCAUGUGCUGCGGCGCGCGGCUGUACUUCCUCUCAUGGAUGAGCGCGGAGGGUUGCGGUAUAGAGCCUCCAGCAACAACGAUGGCGGCGGCAAUGACACCAUCCUCAACGGACGAUUACACGCGACGCAGUCCUCUAGCCUCUCCCCCUUUCUUUGUCAACACCAACAACGAGGUGGAAACUUCCCAAGGCGGCCGUGGCGGCUUGCCCACGCCACCGGGCGAUGUACCAAGAUGGCAUCGUUCACUCAGUUUUGCCCUGCAGUUCCAUGCAUUGAUUCAUAUCUUGUACUCUGCAUGCAACCUGUUUGUCGAUAUGCCAGUGUGAUAUCGUUGAUCUCCUAAUCUAUUUUGUCCGUGCAUGUAGCUCUUAGAUGGGCUGGUGUCUCUUCUUGGCAUUAAUCAUCUACCAACCUAUAACUUUGUCAGGCAAGGAAGCUACUGCUGCCAGAUCAGUUCUUCCAUCAGUUGAGACGUGGAGAAGUCAUCAAGGAUCAGGGACUCAGGGUCUACAACACCAUCACAGUUGCCAUCAGUAUCAGUGUUGAGACCUCAAUCAAGAGCAUGGAUGAGGGGAUCCCACGGUGUGGCUCAGACGAUGAACCAUAGUACUACAGUCUACAGAAGUCUGUUACCAAGUUUUGUUGCAUAUGUGCUGCUAAUACCAGAAAUUGUCAUCGACGACAGCAUCUAUGAAAGAGACCAAAUAGCUCAUGGAGAAGGAAGAAAGUCACUUUGGAGGAUGAGUUUGAAUGAGCCCUAUAUUUUGAAUAGUGCCAAAAGAGAAAAGUCAAGCUUUCCCAAGGAAUUUUGGUGUUUUUUUUCCGAAAAGAGGGGGCUCCCCGGCCUCUGCAUCAGAGUGAUGCAUACGGCCAUUUGGUGUGUACCGACCUCAGACACCAACAACCUGCUCCCGCUACAGGAAUACAGCGCCAUUGCUCUUCGUGUGUGGCUGCCGAAUGCGAUGUUACAGUUGCUGCAUGGUCUCAGUCCUUUAUUUUCAUCGGUCAAAGAUGGGAACCUUGGUCAAGACAAAAUUGUGAAGCCAUGCAUGGCAGUGGCAGCACGGCAUAGUCCAAAUGUCACAACAGGAAGGAAGUGACAGUGUGUAGUGGUAAUAAAAAGGGAAGGGAGCCACCCCCUGUGUUUGUGACAGCAUAGAAUGAAUAGUGUGUCUAUAUAUUUUUGUUCUGUACAAAUGAAAGGUUUGGGAUUGGAAUAGGUGAGUCACUAGGGUGCAUGUUGAUAGUAAGAG